GUGUUUUUGUUGCUGCAGAGAAGUUUGUGCUUUUUCACAAAGAGAGAUGCUGCUGUUCCACUUUCGCCUGUGUGUUGUUGUUUGUGCACAGGCAUGUGGUAGUGAAGGUGUUUGUGCAGGAGGGUGUGUGUCUUGUGACUGUUGUUGUUGAGGUGAGGCGUUGGAAACCAGUUUUUCUGCUCCAGGUGAAGUACUCCUGCCUCUCCUCACUGACAGCCUGCAGAGCUUUCAGGACAGACGGCUCUGAACCUUCAGCGGCGCUGAAACCACGUCCUGAUGGACCUGAGGCUUCAAGAAAACAUCUGAUCUUCAUCUUCAUAUUCAUCAACCACAACAGUCAUGCCACGGCACCGCAGGGGGAGGAGCCUCUCCGAGGCGCUGACCCUGGAGCAGCUGGAGGAGGGAGGGGUCUUUGUUUCCAGCAUCAGCAACCCCAAACACAGCCAGGGCCUGAAGGAAGGGGAUGAAAUUAUGGGUGCAACAAUAAAUUUUGAUCAACUAUCAAAAGAGGAAGUGUUGAAAGUACUGAAGCUAAUGGAGCCGUUUGAAGACAAAAUCCAAGUUCACACUCGAAGCAACUUAAGCAAGAGCCUUGGCAAUCUGGAUGAAUGUACCAGGGACCCUGAGAAGAUGCUCACCGAUUCCUACAGCAAACUCUACAAGACAAAAAUAAAGAAGUUUUUGAAGGACGACUUGCCCAGUGCCGAAGGCAGCAUUGGGAGCGACGAGUCAACAGUUCCUGCUGCAUCAAAGGUCAAACCCAAAAACUACACCGAACUUCCUCGUCUUGGAGUUGACUUUGGACUUGGAAAAUCCAAGACUCCAAACAGAGAUGCCAAUGUUGAUUCAACAGAUGACACCAGCAUGAACCUUCCAUCGCCGAGUCUCGGCUUCAACGACGGCAGUCAAAGUUACAUCAAAGAACCAAGAUUGGAACUUAAUACUCCAAAGACUUUUCCAGAAGGUCCUACAGUUAAGACUGUCAGUGAUCCAGAAGUAGAUCGAGAUUUGGAAGUUGGAGUUCCCAUGGUGGGGACAGACCUGAACAGAGGAGAGAUCCCAACCACCAAUGCUAACAGUCCCCAACUGAACAUUGAAGGAACAAGCCCACUAUCAAAAGUGCCCAAAUUCAAUUUCCCAAAGCUGUCUAUCUCAGGACCUUCUCUUAAUGGCCCUGAAGGUCAGAUCAGUCUACCAGGUGUAGCAACUAAAGAGGAACCCUCAGGAAAACUCAGUCUCAAGAAGUCUAAACGGCUCAAACACCCAGAUCUAAAUUUGGACGAUCCCUCCAGUUUUGUGGAGUUUUUACAAAUAAAAUCUGGAGAUUUAGAUUUGGAUUCUCCAUCAAAUGGUCUCCCAAACCGGGAGUUUUCUUUCAAAACACAAGGGGAUGUUAAAGGACCGGAAAAAAAAGCAACAGACCUAUCCAGGAUUAAAGGCCCAUCUAAAAAAUACAAGCCCCCUAAGUUUGAGAUGCCCAAAUUUGAUUUGCCAGAUAUUCCAAUUCCUGAUUUAGAAGAAGACUUUAAGAUGCUGAACACACCUGACAAAGGAAUCGCCUACCCAGAUGCUGAGUUAGACAUUCAAGGUCCAUCUGGAAAAGUCAGUCACCCAGAUGUCAACCUGAAAAUGCCAGAAUUUCAAGGUCCAGACUGGGAUGUCAAUGGUCCUUCAGGCAAACUGAAAAUGCCCAAAAUGAAUCUUUCAGGAACAUUACCCAAAGGACCCAAUCUGGAUGCAGAUCUGACAUCACCAGAUUUCAAUCUAAAAGCUCCAAAGGUUAAGGGGGGAAUAAAUACCCCUGAUGUAGACCUUCCAAACGUGGACCUUAAGAGUUCAAAGUUGAACAUGAAAACACCAGAUGUUGACAUUGGUUCACCAAAAGGAAAGUUUAAAUUUCCCAAAAUGAAAAUGCCCAAUUUUAACCUCCCAACCUUUAAAGGUCCUGAAGUUGAUGCCAAAUUGGAUCAUCCAGACUUCAAUGUAAAUGGUCCCAACUUAAACGUCAGAGGUCCAAAAGCAGAUCUAGAUGCAGAUGUUUCAGGUCCAUCCGGGAAAUUCAAAAAACCCAACUUUGACUUGCCUGAAUUUGAUGUCUCUGGACCCAAAGUAAAGGGUGGAAUUGAUGCCCCAGACACAAAACUGCCCAAGAUGGACCCCAAGACUGCCAAACUGGACUUCAAUGCCCCAGAUGUCAACCUGAAAAUGCCAGAACUUCAAGGUCCAGACUGGGAUGUCAAUGGUCCUUCAGGCAAACUGAAAAUGCCCAAAAUGAAUCUUUCAGGAACGUUACCCAAAGGACCCAAUCUGGAUGCAGAUCUGACAUCACCAGAUUUCAAUCUAAAAGCUCCAAAGGUUAAGGGGGGAAUAAAUACCCCUGAUGUAGACCUUCCAAACGUGGACCUUAAGAGUUCAAAGUUGAACAUGAAAACACCAGAUGUUGACAUUGGUUCCCCAAAAGCAAAGUUUAAAUUUCCCAAAAUGAAAAUGCCCAAAUUCAACCUCCCAACCCAUAAAAGUCCUGAAGUUGAUGCCAAAUUGGAUCAUCCAGACUUCAAUGUAAAUGGUCCCAACUUAAACCUCAGAGGUCCAAAAGCAGAUCUAGAUGCAGAUGUUUCAGGUCCAUCCGGGAAAUUCAAAAAACCCAACUUUGACUUGCCUGAAUUUGAUGUCUCUGGACCCAAAGUAAAGGGUGGAAUUGAUGCCCCACACAUAAAACUGCCCAAGAUGGACCCCAAAACUCCCAAAUUGGACCUCAAUGCCCCAGAUGUCAAUCUGAAAAUGCCAGAACUUCAAGGUCCAGACUGGGAUGUCAAUGGUCCUUCAGGCAAACUGAAAAUGCCCAAAAUGAAUCUUUCAGGAACAUUACCCAAAGGACCCAAUCUGGAUGCAGAUCUGACAUCACCAGAUUUCAAUCUAAAAGCUCCAAAGGUUAAGGGGGGAAUAAAUACCCCUGAUGUAGACCUUCCAAACGUGGACCUUAAGAGUUCAAAGUUGAACAUGAAAACACCAGAUGUUGACAUUGGUUCACCAAAAGGAAAGUUUAAAUUUCCCAAAAUGAAAAUGCCCAAUUUUAACCUCCCAACCUUUAAAGGUCCUGAAGUUGAUGCCAAAUUGGAUCAUCCAGACUUCAAUGUAAAUGGUCCCAACUUAAACGUCAGAGGUCCAAAAGCAGAACUAGAUGCAGAUGUUUCAGGUCCAUCCGGGAAAUUCAAAAAACCCAACUUUGACUUGCCUGAUUUUGAUGUCUCUGGACCCAAAGUAAAGGGUGGAAUUGAUGCCCCAGACACAAAACUGCCCAAGAUGGACCCCAAGACUGCCAAACUGGACUUCAAUGCCCCAGAUGUCAACCUGAAAAUGCCAGAACUUCAAGGUCCAGACUGGGAUGUCAAUGGUCCUUCAGGCAAACUGAAAAUGCCCAAAAUGAAUCUUUCAGGAACGUUACCCAAAGGACCCAAUCUGGAUGCAGAUCUGACAUCACCAGAUUUCAAUCUAAAAGCUCCAAAGGUUAAGGGGGGAAUAAAUACCCCUGAUGUAGACCUUCCAAACGUGGACCUUAAGAGUUCAAAGUUGAACAUGAAAACACCAGAUGUUGACAUUGGUUCCCCAAAAGCAAAGUUUAAAUUUCCCAAAAUGAAAAUGCCCAAAUUCAACCUCCCAACCCAUAAAAGUCCUGAAGUUGAUGCCAAAUUGGAUCAUCCAGACUUCAAUGUAAAUGGUCCCAACUUAAACCUCAGAGGUCCAAAAGCAGAUCUAGAUGCAGAUGUUUCAGGUCCAUCCGGGAAAUUCAAAAAACCCAACUUUGACUUGCCUGAAUUUGAUGUCUCUGGACCCAAAGUAAAGGGUGGAAUUGAUGCCCCACACAUAAAACUGCCCAAGAUGGACCCCAAAACUCCCAAAUUGGACCUCAAUGCCCCAGAUGUCAAUCUGAAAAUGCCAGAACUUCAAGGUCCAGACUGGGAUGUCAAUGGUCCUUCAGGCAAACUGAAAAUGCCCAAAAUGAAUCUUUCAGGAACGUUACCCAAAGGACCCAAUCUGGAUGCAGAUCUGACAUCACCAGAUUUCAAUCUAAAAGCUCCAAAGGUUAAGGGGGGAAUAAAUACCCCUGAUGUAGACCUUCCAAACGUGGACCUUAAGAGUACAAAGUUGGACAUGAAAACACCAGAUGGUAACAUUGGUUCACCAAAAGCAAAAUUUAAAUUUCCCAAAAUGAAAAUGCCCAAAUUCAACCUCCCAACCUUUAAAGGUCCUGAAGGUGAUGCCAAAUUGGAUCAUCCAGACUUCAAUGUAAAUGGUCCCAAUUUAGACCUCAGAGGUCCAAAGGCAGAUGUAGAUGCAGAUGUUUCAGGUCCAUCCGGGAAAUUCAAAAAACCCAACUUUGACUUGCCUGAAUUUGAUGUCUCUGGACCCAAAGUAAAGGGUGGAAUUGAUGCCCCAGACAUAAAACUGCCCAAGAUGGACCCCAAAACUCCCAAAUUGGACCUCAAUGCCCCAGAUGUCAAUCUGAAAAUGCCAGAACUUCAAGGUCCAGACUGGGAUGUCAAUGGUCCUUCAGGCAAACUGAAAAUGCCCAAAAUGAAUCUUUCAGGAACGUUACCCAAAGGACCCAAUCUGGAUGCAGAUCUGACAUCACCAGAUUUCAAUCUAAAAGCUCCAAAGGUUAAGGGGGGAAUGAAUACCCCUGAUGUAGACCUUCCAAACGUGGACCUUAAGAGUUCAAAGUUGAACAUGAAAACACCAGAUGUUGACAUUGGUUCCCCAAAAGCAAAGUUUAAAUUUCCCAAAAUGAAAAUGCCCAAAUUCAACCUCCCAACCCAUAAAAGUCCUGAAGUUGAUGCCAAAUUGGAUCAUCCAGACUUCAAUGUAAAUGGUCCCAACUUAAACCUCAGAGGUCCAAAAGCAGAUCUAGAUGCAGAUGUUUCAGGUCCAUCCGGGAAAUUCAAAAAACCCAACUUUGACUUGCCUGAAUUUGAUGUCUCUGGACCCAAAGUAAAGGGUGGAAUUGAUGCCCCAGACAUAAAACUGCCCAAGAUGGACCCCAAAACUCCCAAAUUGGACCUCAAUGUCCCAGAUGUCAAUCUGAAAAUGCCAGAACUUCAAGGUCCCGACUGGGAUGUCAAUGGUCCUUCAGGCAAACUGAAAAUGCCCAAAAUGAAUCUUUCAGGAACGUUACCUAAAGGACCCAAUCUGGAUGCAGAUCUGACAUCACCAGAUUUCAAUCUAAAAGCUCCAAAGGUUAAAGGGGGAAUAAAUACUCCUGAUAUGGACCUACAUUUGGACCAUAAAGGUCCAAAUUUUGGUGCUAACCUUCCAGGUGUCAGCACUGCCUCCCCAAAAGCAAAACUAAAAAUGCCUAAAGUUGGUUUAUCUUCGAUGAAGGGACAGGAGAUUGAUGGUAAUUUCGACAGAGCAGGCUUACCAAAUGCUGACAUAAAACACUCCAAAAAAGGCUUUGAAGUUCCUGAAGUUGAUUUUGGAAAGCCAUCGCGGAAAUUGAAAAUGCCAGAUAUAGGAUUUUCAAAACCAAAGUUUGAUAGCCCAGAUCUUGAACUAAACUCUCCAAGUCUUAAAGCCAAGAUACCAAAAGAGUCAAACAUGAAACUGAGUUCAGAUUUUCAAACUCCAGAUUUAAGCCUUAAAAUUCCAAAAGGCUCCUCCGAUUCCCCCAAGUUGGGUUUGCCAGAUGUGGACUUCAAAGCUCCCAAAAUGGACAUCUCCACUCCAGAUGUUGAUGUUGGUGUUCCUGAUAUUCAGCCAAAAAUGCCCAAAAUGAAGUUGGUGAAGGACAUGAAUGGACCUGACAUUACCGUUCCAAAUUGGGAUGUUUUUGAACCAAAGCUGAAAGGGCGUGGUGCCUUAGAUCUACACGGCACUCAAGUCAAGGGUCCAAGAUUAGACAUUCAAGACAAACAACCUGAUUUCCAGAUGUGGGGUGAUAUGGGACAACCUAACAUCAACUUUACUUCCUCCAAAAUGAAAGAUUUCAGAGGGCCAAACCCAGGUAUGAACUUCCCAUCUGCAUAUGUUCGUGGUUCUCAGCCUGACCUCAAACUGGCAGAUAGAAAGUUCAAACUUCCCUCUUUUAAAAUGCCUCAAUAUGGCGGCACAAAUAUUCACAACAUGGGCUGUGACAUUGACUUUGGGGAAUCUCUUCAGCCAAAAACUCUUUCUCCUCCAAAUGCAACACUUAACACGAGAUCAGGGACCAUGCAGGGAAAUCUCACAGGUCCCAGGGUCACGCCGCCAAACAUGGUCUAUAACAUGCCCAAAGCAGUGAUUCCCAAUUCACAGCCUCACUACAGAUCCUCAGGUUUGGAUCUAGACUAUCCCCCAACGAUUUUCCAAAGACCUCCCGACAAAAUGUACCCAAAUGUGAGCAUGACGAGGCCUGGCCUGGACAUAGAUCCAGGCGUCAGGCUACGCACUGACAGAAAAGCUUCUAGAAGCAACGUCAGAUCCAGUUAUCCUGCAGCGAAUGCUGCUCUACAGCCACACAUGGACGGUAGACGUUUGGACCUCAACAUCGAUGAUUUCACUGGAAAAGACCAUGUGCUUCGAGCCAGGGGUUCAAAUCUGGAUCUCUACGGAAAACACGACUAUGGACAGAUGAUCCCGACUUAUGUGGACACAAGAGAUUACAGAAAACCCAGAACCGUGCCAGACAGGGGUUUCGGUUUACCGGCUUUGUCUCAAAAUUCACAAAAAGUACCACCUCACAGUUCAGAUGGAUACCUCGUCACUGUUUUCCCCAAUCAAACUCCAAAUUCAAAAAUGCAAAACCUUAAAUAUAAUUCCCCCAAAAGGCAAAGCUUUCUGCCGGGUACUCUGGAUCUUGACGUUCCAUAUCAAAAUAAUCCAAAAGGCUCGACGUUCUUUUUCUCUAAUGUUGUUUAAUCAUGGGAGCUUUGAUGUUUGCUGUUUUUUUAGUCUCUGUUUUGAAAUGGCUUUAUUUAUUGUGACUUUUUUCACUUUUAUUGUGUAAAUGUUCUCAUAUGUACGUAAAAAUGUUUUAAAAAAACAUUCAUGCAUGGAGACCAGUUCAGGUUUGGAGUGGGGCAGAUUUUAAAAAAAAAGUCUGAUUCUUGCACUUUUUCUAUUAAAAAAUGUAUAAAUUUAAACUUUUACAUUAUUUUUUAUUUUUACAGGCGGUACAUUUUUAUUUUUGUAUUCUGUAGUUAAAAGACAGAGGGAGACUAAUUUUGGAUUUUCUUUGCAUUUUAAUUGUUUGUGUUUUGCAAAAGAUUACAGAAGGAAGUUGUUUUGUUUAAUAUUUGAUUUGCAAGAUAUUCAUGAUUUCUUCCAUUUUGGAUCAAUUUGCUCAGGUCUUUGAACUUUUACUGUACUGUUAUAUUUAAGAUGCAUUUUGUUUUACAUUUGGACAAAUUAAAAACUUUGUUCAUUUACUUAAAAAAUAAUGUCUGGUGACAUCUUAACUUUGUAUGUUUGUCCCUGUAAUUGUGGGCGUUUUGAUAAAAGCUCUGCAUGUAUAAUUUUGUUCUACUGCUCAGGAAAAAAUACCAUCUUUUACAAUUAAAAAAAGUCUCUUGAAAUGAAUUAUAAACAUUGUUUCAAUCUUUAGUUGUUGCGUAAAAUGAAUGUUUGGUUUGUGGCUAUUUAUUUAUUUUUAUGUUCAUUUAUUCAUUAAAUAGCCAUCUACCUGAUGCUGUGUUUGGUACUUCGGUAUACUGUUCAAUAAAGUAAAAAAAUAAAAAUAAAGGCUUCUCAUAAAACCUGUGAAAA